UUAUCCUUCAUUCUUGAUUCCUCUCAACAGAUCCUGCAGAACAUUGUCGGGACCGCACUCAUCAUCCUGGUAGCCAUCGGAUUCAAAACCAAGCUGGCAGCUUUGACUCUGGUGGUGUGGCUCAUGGCCAUCAAUGUCUACUUCAAUGCCUUUUGGACCAUCCCCGCCUACAAGCCAAUGCACGACUUCCUGAAGUACGAUUUCUUCCAAACCACUUCAGUCAUCGGCGGUCUUCUGUUGGUGGUGGCUCUCGGGCCCGGUGGCGUGUCCAUGGACGAGAAGAAAAAGGAGUGGUAGGGUAACGGAGGGAGAGGAUCCCAUGGCACCACAAAUCUCCCCUACCAUCCGGGACACAAAGACCUUCCCUCUGUUCAAGUUUGGCCCGCUGGGCUGUGCAGUUCUGUUUGUUUUACCAAUAUGGCCAAUUCCCAAGAAAAAAAAACAAAAAAAAACCACCAGUGGACAUUUUUUUUCUCACAAUAUCAACCCCUGCAAAAAAAAAAUCUUGUUACUGUCAUUGACUGUACCAGUUUUGCCCCAUUUAAUAACUGUUCUUGUAUGUCAAUUUUCUUGACAUCAAGACUGAAUUGCCUGUUUAUUUUCAAAUGCAAGUAAAAAAAAGAAAAAAAAGAUGUUCUGUGAGCUGAAAAGUCAUGCAUUUUUUUAGGUGUUAUGUCAUAAGUUAUAUUUUCACUUUAAUAUUUUUUAAAUAAACCGGCAAUUGAAUCCAAGAUCCGUUGGGUUACCCACAAUGUUGACCCUUCGGAAACCUUUUGGGGUUUAGUGGACUCGUCCUUUCGAACUUGGGCACUGAUUUGAUACCAACUCCAGGUUUUCUGUGCUCUCUGGUUUGUUUUUGCAGCACUAUAAUGUCUCUUACAUUCGUACACUUUCCACUCAGUCAAAUAUGAACGAUUCAUGCAGAGUUGACUCUCAAGACGUGUGCAUUGAAAUCAUAAGUGGUGAAUGGCAGUCGUUCCUAACGGUUAUCAGUUCCAGGACUUGUCAUUGGGAACUUUGUACAAUACAUCUCUGGCAAAAGCUGAACUAGUGAACUGUAUGAUUUCUAAGAGUAAUUGUUUAAGGGGCUCUAAACAGUUGUGAAACCUCAUUUUGCAAUUUAGAACAGUGAAAAGCAUCAAGCAGCGCCAUUGCCCAUCAGGACUUUUGUCUCUGCUUGAUGUUUUUGCUUUGUGAGAGAAUAAUCUUUAAAA